AUGUGGGUCCGGAUGUGGGUCCGGAUGUGGGCAAUGUGUGGGGAUGAGGGCUGGGAUGAGAGGAUGAUGGAACAUGCCCCCGCGCACAGAAGCAUGGUGGCGCGAGCGACAGCAGCUAUGGCGUCAUCAGCUGUGACCUCGUCGACAUUGUCCAUGUCAGCGACAAGGAUGGUGGGCAAGACGAUAGUGAAGAAGGGGGGGGAAGCAGAGGUAGGGCAUCUUUACAGUGACGAUAAUCCCGGGACCACCCAGAAGGGUACCGGCUUCGCCAAUGCAGAAGCCGCCUUGAGGACAACUAGACUGGUUGAGGACAGACCUCCCAACAAACGAAUAUGGACCAUCAAUACCAUGCUGCACCGUGCCAAGCACCAUCCUCACCAAACACAGGGAAUGCGGGAUGCGAUCGCCAUUUUCGAAGACUGGAUCCGAAAAUACAAGGAGGAAAAGGAGAGCCAGAAGAAGGCUAAAAAGAAUUCUUCGACAAGAUCUCAGAGCCAACCACACGACCAGCAUAGAGAGCUGGUUGCAAGCUCUGCGAACGCCUUUUCAUAUGCCAAUUCAAAGGACUUCGAUAGCUUUCUAUCCCUUUCACGAGAAACCUUGAAAGAGGGAAAGGCGGCGCUACGGAAGGCCGUUGAAGAAGCUUCUCGUCAGUCGUCAUGUGCUGGUGCUGCGGCAUGUACAAUACAGCAAUUUACCGCUGUGUUCGGCGGGCCGGGCACUCAUGGGUAUGGAAAGCAUGUCAUUGAGGGUGGGAGGCACACAGUGAGAAUUGAAAGCGUGGAGGAGCUCACGAAGAUGGUGGGCAAGACAUGUGUGCGAGGACUCAAGGAGGGCAGUAUCAGCUUCGAAGUAACUUACCAAGAAAGCGAGUCGGAUGCUUUCCUAUGCUUUCAGAUCAAUCGUGGGGAAAAGGCGACUCGAACUCUAGAUAGUUUCUUCAUAAAAGCCAAAUGA